AUGCUUCAGACUAUCUUUUGUCUAUUAGAUACCAGUAAUCUUAUUGAUGUACUUGAUGUACUGGAUGAUCAUGAAUAUUCUGGUGUCAGUUAUUAUAAACUUGGUCUUCGUCUUGGACUACUCCCUGGCACACUUGAUGUUAUUGAGAAAAAUAACAAAGGAGAUGUUCGUAGCUGUCUAAGAGAAUGUUUGACAGCAUGGUUGGAACAAAGAGAUAGUGUUAUGAGAAGAGGUGGUUCAACUUAUGACACAUUAAUAAAAGCAUUGAGGAGGAUGGGAGAGAAUGCUAUAGCUGAUGGAGUUGAAAGAGAUUUAAGAAUAAGAGGAGAUAUUGUACCACCUACUGCUGACCCUAUUAGUACUGAAGACACUCCAGCUGCUGACAGAAUACCAGACACUCAAAAUCCACUCACAGAAGAUGCUGUAAAUGAAUGGUUAAAAAGCACAGUUGAGCUAACCGUUAAACGUGUUCAAAUGCAUGGUCUCCCUGGCUCUGGUAAAACGUGUUCACAACACCUCUUACUAAAUAAAGAACCACCAGAAGAAAAUAGCAGCACACCAAUAGCUUGUCGUGCUGUCAAAGCUACAAGAAUAUCAUCCCAUGAUGAUCGUAUGGAAAUAGUUGAUGCUGAAGCUCUUCUUUCAAGACUGGCAAAUGAUCUAAAGGAAGCCGCAACAAAACAAAAGGACCCCCCACCAGAGGACCCCCCACCAGAAGACCAUGAUGCAAAGUCAAAGGAGUAUUCAUCAAAAACCAACCCUACUGGUAGCCCUAAGGAUACUAAAGCAACAAAACCAGCAAAUACAGCAGAAACAAAAGGUCCAGCAAAUGAUACUGAAGCAAAUAAAAUAAUUAACGAAAUUGUUGAGGCCAUUCCAAAUGCAGAAGGUAAAUUCGAUAGUAAUUGGGUAUACUUUAUUGAUUCUGGUGGCCAGACAGCAUUUCAAGAGCUAUUGCCUUUAUUUACUAGAGCAUCCUCUUUUAAUAUCAUCACAAUUGACCUUUCUAAAGGUAUCAAUGAGAAGCUUGAGCAGAAUUAUCGAAUCAAAGGAGCAUCAUUGAGUCAAGUUGAAAAUUCAAAGUUUUUAUAUACAAAUAUCAAAUUUUUAAAUGAUGUUCUAUAUUUUGGAGCUAUUUUACAGCCUUACCACCCACCUGGAUCAGAAGAAAACACCAGUCCUGGACCUGCAACUCCUCAAUAUCCACAAUAUUUUGUCCUAGGUACACACAAGGAUGAAGCAAAGCAAGAAGUCAUUAAGCAAUAUAAUAAAGAGCUAUCAUCAUUAACAUCUGGGUCUGAAAAAAAAGGCUAUCGCAUCAUUCCUGCAGUACGCAAUGGUGAUAUAAUAUAUGCAGUCAAUACAACGCUUAAGCCUGGCCCUGAAAGAGAAGCUGAAGCCAAAAGGCUUUGCAAAAUAAUACGUAAAAAAGUUUCUGGAGAAAAAAUCCCUAUACCUGUUCGAUGGUUUGCUUUUGAGCUGACUUUGUUAGAGAAAGCAAAAAGUUGCAGUUUCCUUCAGCUGGAUGAUGUCUUACGUGCUGGUAAUAGCCUUAAAAUGACCGAUGAUCAAACAAAGGAAGCUUUACAAUAUCUUCACAAUGUUACCAUUAUUCUUUAUUAUCCUCAAGUUUUGCCAGAUGUUGUAUUUGUUGACCCUCAUCCUAUUCUUGAUAUUCUCUCGCGUCUAUUAGCUCUGGUCACUUAUCAAAUACCACAAGAACAUCUUGAUCACUUUGUAAAGGAAGGUGUAGAUCUCUCGGAAUCUGAAGAGACAAAUUUAACAAAGAAUGGCCUAUUCACCCAAGCACUCCUGGAAAAGUUAAAAGAUGAUGAGGAUUUUCCUAAGGCUGAUUUUAUCAAGCUUUUGCUUUACCUUCACAUCAUUAUUGAGACUGAUAAACCGAGUGAGUAUUUCAUUCCUUCUGCAUUGCCGUCUUAUCCUAAAACUGACAAGCCUUUAAAAUCAGAUAUAAUUGACCCAUUACAAAUAAUCUGGCGCAGCCCUGUCAUGGAACAAGAACAAGAUCCCUGUGUGAUUUUGCCUGUUCCCUUUGGAAUUUUUCCUUUGGCAAUUGUCAAUUUAAUGAAGCGCACUGAGCAACCAAAAUUUCAUUUUCCUAACACAUCUUCCCAAUGCCUCAGAUAUCGAGAUGCUAUGUCGUUUCGUGUUUAUCACCAAAAGAAUUACAUUGGCACCGUUCAUAUCAUUAAGAAACACGAAUGCAUUGAACACAGACAAAUUGAAGACGUACAAGUUGAACACAGGCACAUUGAGAUUUAUUUUGAAGGUGAUGCUUGGAAAUACUGUUCACUAAUUCGUGAAGCAGUAAAAGAAGCUAUUAGUAGCAGUAGUAAAGCUAUUAAUAUAAAACCUGAUGGUUAUGAGUUUGCCUUUGCCUGCCCUUCUAUAGAGGGCUGCUACCGUAUUGUCACAAAUGUACAUGAGAAGAAAGUUCAAUGCACCUUAUGCACUAAACCACCUACUAUCAGUGGGGGAGAGAAGUAUUGGAGCUGGUUUGACCUAAAGAGCUUAGCUGAAGGUACUGAUGCUUCAUCAGCACAGCCUCAUCAAGACAGUACCACUGUUAAUCCUGAUAGUGAUGAAGUCGGACAACUAGGUAUCACAGAUCUCAAUAUGGUACAAACAGUUUUAAAAGAAGCUCAGUUUGGUCCAGUAAAUUGGAAUAACUUGGGUCUAAAGUUAGGUCUAUAUCAGCCAAAACUCAAUGUCAUUGGAGAAGGAGGUGGUGAUGCAGACAACCACUUGAGGAAGACCUUAGAAGCAUGGCUAGAGGGUAAAGAUAAUGCAACUAGUAGAACAUGGAAGACUUUGAUAGAUGCUGUGAGGGAGACAGAUGGCCAUGCAGCUGCUGACGAAAUACCUAAAAAAACUGAAAUCCCUUUAUGAUAUUACCCUUUAAUAAUAGUAAUAUUUUUGAAUGCAUUCUGCAUUGUUUUUGUUUUGUGUGUCUUAAUAAUAAUAUUUUUUCAUUUUCUAAUGUUUAUUUGCUAUAGGUCUUGAUGAUUAGUUUUCAAAAUAAUUAAUAAACACGUGAUUUGAAUAUACUGAGUAGAUAUACGGAGAGUAGUCCUGAUUUGAGCUCAACUGCUCCAGAAAUGAGUUCCAUAUAAAUAACAGAGCCCCCUACUAAAGGAAAGGUAGUUAAUCCAGCAGCAGCUGUAUUAGUGACUACUGGCCCCUCCCCUCAGGUACUAUUAAAGACCACACUGGGUGAUAUUGAUAUUGAACUGUGGUCCAAAGAGGCUCCUCUGGCCUGUCGUAACUUCAUACAAUUGUGUUUAGAAGAUUAUUAUAAUGAUACCAUAUUCCACAGAGUCGUUUUUGGUAAUGGAUUAA